AUGACUCAACCAUCACAGCCAGCAUUUGGGAGCAAUAUGUUUGGUAGCUCCAUGCCAUUUGGUGGAAGUCAGUCUGCAUUUGGUACUACUAGCACCACUAGCACCCCAGCCUUUGGUGCCACAACUCUGCCUUCUGGGGCCAUUGGCACCCUACCAUUUGGUGCUAUAGGUUCUCAGGCAUUUGGUGGUACAACUACUCCGGUCUUUGGCUCAACAAGGAGUCCUGUGCGCAUUGGGGGAUUCAAGAACCCCAAUGAGCUCAAGCAACAAUGCCAACAGCCGGGCACACUGGCUUUUGGAAUUCAGCUUUUGGGGGCGACCGUGGGGAAAGUAGAUCGAGUGGCUACAUACACAGGCACACUUGCACCAGAUUCUUUGGGUGGACUGACUCCUGCUGGUGGCAGUGGGUUUGGCGUUUGGCACCUCUACCACAGAACAGGUGGUGCUUUUGGACAAACAUCCACUUCCUUUUGGCCAACUCAAACUCCCUCUGGUCAAACAAGUAUGUUCAAUACCCCUUCCACUGGGCUUUCUACCACAACCAAUUCUUUUGCACCCUCAUCUUCAUCUCCAUCAGUCUUUGGACAAAUGCCCACUCCCUUUCCUUCUAGCUCACAGGCCAUAUCUGCGAUUCCAUUUUCAGCUUCUCCUUCAACAUAUAAUUCUGGCCUACAUAGUUUCACACCUUCAACACCACAGACAGGUGGUACUUUUGGGCAGACAUCCACUCUCUUUGGUCAAAACAUAUCCAAUACUCCUUUCACUAGUAUUGGUUCAGGGAGCUCUUCGGCAGCUAUUCCUACAAGCAACCCAAUUUGCUUCAGUCAACCAGCUACAAGGACUUGGACAAAGACACAGAUAUCGACGAUUGGGUCUUCUGCUGAUCCUUCGGCUGCAAGAAUGAUGGUCAAUGGUGAGGACGAUGCUGCUGAUCUCUUGUCUUUCCUUUAUGAGAUUGAGAUCGACGAUCGAGUUAUAGCUGAUUUCUGA